UGUAUGUCUGAAAUUCAAUAAUGGCUCCCAGAAUUGUUAGCAACACAGUCGUGAACUCCGCUUUCUCUAAACCUGCAAGUCCACCGGCAAGAGCAUACGUUACGUUCUUGGCAGGGAAUGGAGAUUACAUUAAAGGUGCUGUGGGUUUGGCGAAGGGGCUUAGGAAGGUGAACAGUGCGUAUCCACUCGUGGUGGCCGUUUUGCCUGACGUCCCUCAGGAGCAUCGACAGAUUCUUGAGUCUCAGGGCUGCAUCGUCAGAGAAAUUGAACCGGUGCAUCCUCCAGAGAAUCAAACUCAGUUCGCCAUGGCUUAUUACGUCAUCAAUUACUCGAAACUCCGUAUUUGGGGGUUCGUGGAGUACAGCAAAAUGAUAUACUUGGACGCGGACAUCCAGGUAUACGAUAACAUAGAUCACCUCUUCGAUCUGCCAAAUGGUUACUUCUAUGCUGUAAUGGAUUGUUUCUGCGAGAAGACAUGGAGCCACACUCCACAGUACAAGAUCGGGUACUGCCAGCAGUGCCCUGACAGGGUAAAGUGGUCCGCCGAGAUGGGUUCUCCCCCUGCCUUCUACUUCAACGCCGGCAUGUUCGUGUACCAGCCAAGCCUCUCUACCUGUGACGAUCUACUGAAGAGAUUGCAAGUCACCCCUACCACCGCUUUUGCAGAGCAAGACUACCUCAACAUGUUCUUCAAGGAUAUUUACAAGCCCAUACCUCUAGUCUACAAUCUGGUAUUGGCCAUGUUAUGGCGUCACCCAGAGAAUGUGGAGUUGGACAAAGUGAAAGUCGUUCACUACUGUGCUGCGGGAUCGAAACCCUGGAGAUACACGGGUAAGGAAGAAAACAUGGAGAGAGAGGACACAAAGAUGCUGGUGAAGAAGUGGUGGGACAUAUACGACGAUGAGUCUUUGGACUACAAGAAGCCUGUAGAAGGUGAGGCCGUGGCGGUGGUUAACCGGCAACCCUUCCUUGAUGCAUUGUCGGAGGCAGGCGUUGUUCACUACAUUACGGCACCGUCCGCUGCUUAGGUUGGCGGCUUUGUG